GUGUUUCAUACAAAUCGAAAAACCUAAUUAUGUUUCAUGUACACAUUAGAGCAGCACAAGUGCAUUUUGAAAAAUUUUAAUUGGAGGUUGAAAGUGUUUUUGGCAGAAAUACGUAAAGGAUAACUGACACUGCACAUUUAGCUAUCCUCCUGUGACAAAAUUGGGCUGAGCUGUCAAUCAAGAUGCAACGGAACGGAAUUUAAUGGUUUCAUUGAACGCAAUUAAAUUGAUACUUUGGCAUUUACGUACAAAUUUCAGGUCCAGGUUCAGUAUCGGUGAGUUUGGCAUCGUUCUGCAUUCAGCUUCUUUAGGUAUAUUUUAAGCUAAAGAAACUACUCAUCAAGUCAAGUCAAGUAAUCCUUUAUUAACAUGUCAACAAAUAUCAGUUAAUAUAAACUGGUUUCCAAUUCAUGACACAAUUGCUAUAAUUUAUGAAGCGCCUAUUCUAAGCGUCUUUCGUAAGGUUUAGGAAUGUCCCCUUAGAGCCUCGCUACGGGGGAAUGCGCGGUUUCUUUUCUCGCGAAUAUGUUUUUUUUGAUAAAUCAAAUUAUAAGCUUUAAUUUGGUAUAUCUAAGUAAUUUCUCAUCAUGUUUAAGGCUAGAAGAUCUUGAAUUGAAGGUCGGAAAAAAGAGUGAACGCGUUAUAUAAAAACAAAAACAAACUGCGACUCUAAAACUACUUGGUCCAUUAUUGUUAGUGUUUACAUAUUUUUAUAGAAAUUUGUAUAAUCAUGACAAGUAAUGGAAAAAAGAUGGAGGACAAUAUAAGGAGAAUUAAAUAAUCCGCCACCUAGUCAGCUAGAAACUGUCUUUACCGAGGUGAAAUGAAAUGUUACAACCGGAAAAUAUUUUUUACAGUUGGGUAAGGAUAAACUAAGCCAACCGUUAUGUGAUAAUGACAAUUUUAUGGAUUUUAUUACAACUUUAUUUCGAGUGCAUCAUUAUUGGUUGUCAUCAACGUGGGCCUACCACAUGUCACACAAAUUGGAUAACCUACUUUAUGCUAUUCAAAAAAUUCCUGCAUAGAUUCUUCUAACAUGAAAUUGAUGAAAUUUUCAAAAUAAAUAUUUCCAUUCAACAUAUUUAUUAUAGGAAUUUUGUCUUUUGUUUAAGUGUAAGUGUCUUUUCACACCUUAGGUCGUUAUUAAUACGGCCCCAAGAAACUCUAAUUUGGAAAGGACAAUAACAAAUUCCACGUAUAAUCACCAAUACUACUGAAAUACUCAAAUUUAUACGCAUUGCCUACCCAGUAGAAUCGAUAAUCGUUCCACACUCCCAAGAGAGCAGAUUAAGAGAUUUCAACACCUUACCGUUCACCCCAGUCCCCAUCGGGCAUGCCCACCUGCUGGAACCCCACUUCUUCAGAACCUCACCCGUCCCUGUAUUCAGGUAGAUUAAAACCGAUAGCAAAAAUUUUAUCAACCCGAUUAACGAGCUGGAUAAGUAUGGCGUCCAGAAAUACGCGAAGCCCGGCACUUCGGCAAACAUUCGACACGUAACGUAAUUAAAGGCCACGAUAACAACGAACGACGUAAAUAACAUCAUGGACAGCCAUGAAUUAUGAAUUCUGAAUUAUGCCACACAAAAAGGCAUCUACUUAUUAUCGUCGUAAAUUACUUUUCGCAAAUCAUAAGAAAUUUUCUUGUAUCGUUUUCAUUUAAAAUAAGUCCUUCGCCACAUCGAUUUCGCAAAUAAAGAUUUUUUCGAGUGACAUGAAUAUCCAUAUAUGUAUUGUUUUUGAAAUUUUGAGAGUCAAAACUUUUACAAAACUUCGAGAUGGAAUUUUUUAUAAACAAUGUAUUUUUUAGAAAAUUUCUCUCCUUAACGUGCUAACAAUUGAGGAAGUGCUUCACCAUUAUGGUUACCAGGAAAUGCAAAAAUAAUAAUAAAUAGAUCAAAUCCCAGUUUGUUUCUUAAACAUAAUCCGCUUUCCCAUUUUGGAGAGACACACACAUGAAAAAAUCGGUGAAAUUGAAAGCAAUAAAGUGAAAAUAAAAUGGAUGCGAAGGUAAAAAAAAAUGUAUAGUACUUACAGCUUCCGUGUGGAUGGGAUGCACGGCAAAGAGCAUGGAGGCCACGAAACUCCCCAAUCCCAAAAUCCAUGUUCAAUUGUUACCAUGACUAUCAAAUCAAUACAAGUGCUGGCCAAUUAAAAAUCGGCAUUGUUUCUUGGCACGUAUUUAAAUCUUGAUACUGUAAAACAAAGCAACUUUCUCUUUCACAAAUAAAUAUUCUCCACACAUGAAAAUGAAAUUGUAAUUUACAAUUUGUAAAUAUGAUCGACCGAAGAACAAUGCACUUUCAUUUAUUUACUUAAGCAGGCAUUCAUAAUUAACUGACUCCGCGUCAAUAAUUCAGAUCCCUUUCUUGCUCAGAUCUUUUUCACGAAAUGUUUCUAUUUUCCAUCUUUUUAUCAAUAUUCCUGCUAAAAUCUUCGUUGGUGAAUGCUUCCUAUAAUGGGUUAUCCAUCGUUAACUUAGCGGCCUUGGCCAAGUCAGAAGUUUUGAUUUCCACAGAAAUUCAUAAAUUGGCUAAGGAGUCGUCCCAUUUUGUGAAAAGUUUCCCAUACGUUCCCGAAUAUUUGGAGGAUUAUAAACUCGCGAGGGGGAACUUGGACGUGUGGGAUGUGGCGAGUAACCCCAUCGCGGCGUACGCCAUGAUAAGCAGAUAUGUGUACUUGUUGGACAAACUUAUGGGCGAUAUUCACCAGAGGGGAAAUUAUGGUUCGAUUAUAUUUAAUAGUUUAAUUUUAUGAAUCAUUUAUUUGUAUAUAGUGCUCGACACGAAUCCGAGUAGUUCGAUUAAAAUCCAAAUCCUUGUAUUUACGAAUUUUCCCAUCUCGAAUCCGAAUAUGAAUGAGGGUUCGGGCACAACCCGAAUCCAGAUUACUAACCCGGGAUUAGAGUAAAUUCGAGCCCAACAGAAGCCUUAUCAAUACAUUCCUAGAAAAUCAGUAAAAUCCGAUAUUGGUAUGUGACUUUACCGACGUGAUAAUGACUUGGUAAUAAAUUUACAAAAUUAAUAUCAUAUGGUACAAUAUUUAAUACUGUCUAGUAAUAGAAUGAUUAUUACGUGGUAUUAUUUCAUUACUGAAUUUAUGCAACCGUUUAAUACCAAAGCGGUAGAGUCACAUAUGUAUCAAUACAGCUCAUUUUUGAAUACCGAGUUUCUAAGAGUCUAAGAUUCUUAUGCAAGAAUCCGAGUUUGAUUCAAAUCCUGAUAAUAUCCUUUUUUUUUGAAGAUUUGCCCAUUUUGGAUUCGAAUCCAGAUUUGAAUUAAUCCCAGUCCGACUAAAUCCAGAUUUAUGCAGAGCUCUAAGAAUUUAUUGAUUUAUAUUUUGCAUCUCUGAGAUAAUGAUUCUCCUUAAACUUUCCCAGACGAGUUAGAAUCGUUACAGAGGUUACUAAAUGUAAGUGCCCAUUGGCGGGACGAACACGACAUGGGGGCCGUGCUAGGAAAUGUGUUCAAACUUCAGUACAUUUUUGACCUGGAGCCAGAAGAUCUGGCUGUUGGACGUAUUGGGAAAACUGAGACGGGGAUUUCACUCCCAUUCGAGCACAUUCUAGAAAUUGCAGAGGCGGCCAUAGAAUUUAAGGAAUUUACGGCAUCUGCGGCAUGGCUUCGACUUGCCAAAGAUAAAAAGAUUCCGGGACACGAACAAGUCUGGGCAGAAUUGGUGAGGCGACAUGAUGAGGCUUUUACAGAUGAAAGUAAAAAUCUUCACUUGUUCGAACACCCGCUCGCCACACACCCGGACGCGGCCCCCAUCAAAUUUCGCAACCUAGAAAAGUGGAAGGACGCCACGCUAGCCGAGAUGGAAGCGGACCUUACCGCUUCUCACUAUGCUACACUCGCCCUUUGUCGGGCGGGCGAUACUUUGAGGGGAGGUUGGAAAUUGAGGGGGUGUUGGUACGACUACCAGUACAUUAAGGGGCCACAUGGUCCCCUUCUACCCGUCCGAGUGGAACAGUUAACUGAUGAUCCGGACGGACUGGUCAUGUUCCGGGACUACAUUCCGACCCAAUGGGUUAAAAAAUUGAAGGAAAUUUCCUUACCGGAAAUGCCAUUUCAGGAACCACCCUCCCAUUGGCAACAAGGAGAACCAAGCGUGGCUGGUUUUGCGUGGUUUGAAGAUGUCGAUGUCGCCAGGGACCAGAAUGUCUGGAUUGCUCGAAAACUCGAGUUGACCACUGGAUUAAGCGUCGUGGGAAAUAUAGCAUCGGAAAAGCUGAGGGUGACCCUGUACUCUCUCGUGGGUCAAAUUUCCCCACAUCAUGACGCCUACUCCAUCUUUUCAAACUCGGCGGAGGACAGUUCACUUUAUUUAGAUCGGAUUUCGACAAUGCUAAUUUACUUGAACACGGUCGAACUUGGCGGAUCUACCGUAUUUCCGGUCGCUGGUGUCGCCGUGGCACCGAGAGAAGGUGACGCCAUUUUUUGGCACAGCCGGUGGCGAAAUGGGACCGUGGACAAGAGAUGGCUCCACGCUGCCUGUCCGAUUCCCUUGGGGGUGAAGUGGACAGCGUCAAAAUGGGUUAAAAAUGAUGGGAAUGCUUUUAGUAGAAAGUGUGACAUAAAUUCCCAGCUCUGAGUUGAUCGUAAUAUAACUCUAUUUUUUUUUAAUUCCUGAUCCCGCAUAGUUGGUUUAUUAAAUAUGAAUAGUUAAAAUAAACAUUUAAGGUUUGGAGUAUUAGUUUAUGAGUUUAAUACGGAAUCGCUCAUAGGUUAAAAAGUGGUUACCCUAGUGGGAUACGAACCCGCACUUUCUAUUAGCUAUUCCACACCAUGGGAAAUUUUCGCAGCAUGACGGCCUUUUUGGUGAACGUCAUUGAACCGUAUGACAGACACAAUAUGAUAACAAAUAUUGUUAAUCCGACUGAAAAUAAAAUUCCAAUUUUUUGCAAUUCAUUCGUUUUGUUUGAUUUUGUACAGCAUUUUUGCGACGAUAAUUUUUUCACUAACAAAAGCAAAUCAAUGCUUACGGUUAGAUUGAAAAAUUAAUUACUUCAAAGUUUCUGAUUCCACAAAUCUUCCCAGAUUCUUGCAAAACUCGUUGAGAGACGAACCAUACCAUCAGAAACAGAAUUAUUCUCAGAUUUCGCAAAUUCCAGGACAAGAACAAACGCCAGGGAAGCGAUUGUCCAUUUUAUUCGAAACAUUUUUAUGUAUUUGUAGUUUUCUACGAAACUAAAAUAAAAAUCUCACUUAAAAUCUAAAUUACAAUUUAAGCAAAUCUGAAUUUUCCUAGCGGAAAACAGGCUGCCAAAAAAUUAAUUUUCGUUGCUAGAAUUUUUUUUACCCCGUAAAAUUCCUACGGGAAAUGAAUGACGAACUAAAUUUAGGUUGAUACGGAUGUCUAGCAAUGAAAUCUAUCCAGACAUCAGAUGUACUGGGGUGAAGGUGCAAUUUCUAAUCUGCGUCACAUUCAUGAUUAUUAUUAUUGUAUUAGUAAUUUUUAUUGCGAUGUUUAAUAUGAAUAAAUGAUAUACCAAUGA